AUGGCCACGUCAUCCUCCACGUGGACCUGGACUGCUUCUAUGCCGCGGUGGAGGCUGUGCGGCUUGGUAUUCCCCGGGACAAGCCGCUGGCCGUGCAGCAGUGGGAGGCGACUCACACAUCAUCUCUGCUCUCUCCGCAAGCAAGUGUUGAGGCGCCUUACGAGUCAUUUUAUCGUGCCUCCAGUCGCUGCCUCUUUCUCUUGCUCGUUCUCUCUCUCACCGCCAGGGCUUGAUCGCAGUGAACUACGCGGCGAGGGCGAGGGGAGUGCAGAGGCACGACCGCGUGUUCCAGGCCAAGCAGAAGGUGCGCCUGUGCGCGUGUGUGCUGUGCGGCUGUGCAUUGCACGGUGCGCAUGCAAGAGCAUAGUGUGCCUGUGUGGUGGGGACGAGGGGCGUGCAGAGGCACAACCGCGUGUUCCAGGCCAAGCAGAAGUUCGCCUCGCUCGCCCUCCCUCCCCACCCACCACGGUACUGCAGUGUCCGGAGCUGCAGCUGAUACACGUGGAGACGGUGGGGGGGGCGCCAGGAGCAGGCCGCAAUGCAGGCAAGGUCUCAUUGGAGCGCUACCGUGCCGCCUCUCAGCGCGUGUUCUCUGCCUUCCGCCGCGUAUGCCCCACGGUAGAGCGCGCGAGCAUUGAUGAGGCAUACAUGGACGUGUCUGCUAUGGUGGAUGCCAUGCUCUCACGCCCACCUCCUGCAGUCCCACCUGCACCAGAUGAGCCUCGCGACGCCACAGGUGCCACCUCCCCGGCGGCUGUCUGGGAGGAGCAGUGGAGGGCGCUGUUAGAGAGUGUGACUGAAGUGAAGGCAGGGAGUGGGGCUGAGGUGAAGGAAGGGAGUGGGACUGAGGCGAAGGCAGGGAGUGGGACUGAGGCGAAGGCAGGGGAUGCACCUGAAGUGAAGGGUGAGGAAACUGAGGGAGGUGGUGAUAGGGGUGGAACGGAUGGGGAAGGUUUAGGGGAGGAAGGGGAGGGGAAGGAUGGGGUGCAGCAGCGGGUGGGGGAGACGAAGAGAGAGCAUGCAGGGGCAGAGAGCGGAGGAUCAGCACUGGCGGUUCCCAAGGCACGGCUGGUGGUGCGGGAGGGACCCUUGGACGCACGGGACAUUGUGGAAAAAAGGCUGCAGGCAGGAGUGGUGAUAGCUCACCGUCUUCAACAGGAAGUGCUAUCGUCGCUGGGCUACACGGUGAGCGUGGGAGUGGCGCGCUGCAAGCUGCUCGCCAAGAUGGCCUCCGCCAUGACCAAGCCGUUUGGGAUCACCGUGGUGAUCUGCACCGCACUGUACACCCUCUGUCCCGUAUCCCACUCCUCCCUCCCCGUUCUCCCCCAGGUGCCACCUCGUGCCGUCCCUGCCCUGAUGGAGGACGUUCCUCUCAAGAAGAUCCGCAAUCUGGGCGGCAAACUGGGGCAGGUGCGGCGGGUGGGGUUGGGUGCUGGUGGGGUGAGGUGGUGGUGGGUCCUGCUGGCCUGUAAUGCGAAUCUCUCGCAGGAGUUGCAGGCAAUGGGUUGUGCAACCGCAGGCCAGGCACAGGCGCUGGAGCUCCCAGACCUCAUAGCCAGGUUCGGGGAAAGGCUCGGGAACUACGUGUGGAGGGCUGUGAGAGGGCUGGAUGAAACACCAGUGGAGGAGAAGGGUGUGCCCAAGUCCAUGCUUGCAGCCAAGUCCUUCAAUGCCACGUCAUCGUGGGAUGACAUCUGUCGCUGGAUGGCCAUCUUGGCUCAGGAUCUCUCCCUUCGCAUGCUCAAGGACGCAAAGGACAACAAACGCUGCCCGCGCUCCCUGCACCUGCACUACAGGGGCGGCAGUGACGGUGGUGGCGGCAGUGGUGGGUGGGGAGGAGGCGGAGGAGGGGAGAAGUCACGGUCGUGUGGCAUGCCCCGAGACAUUGAGAGGGUGAUCGAGGGGUUUGUGAACCGAUGGUGCAGGGAAGGGGAGAAGGAGUGGGGCGAGGAGCGGAAGGAGGAAACGAGGAAGGAGGUUGAGGAGAGGAGAGGGGGGCUUGGCGAGGCGGUGAGGCAUGAGGAGGAGGUGAGGCAUGAGGAGGAGGUGAGGCAUGAGGAGGAGGUGAGGCAUGAGGAGGAGGUGAGGCAGGAGGAGGAGGUGAGGCAGGAGGAGGAGGUGAGGCAGGAGGAGGAGGUGAGGCAGGAGGAGGAGGUGAGGCAGGAGGAGGAGGUGAGGCAGGAGGAGGAGGUGAGGCAUGAGAAGGAGGCAGAGGGCGGGGAAGCACCCUCAAGAAGCGCACGUGUGGAAGAGGGGGCAGGGCUGGGGGCUCUGCAAGAUGAGGGAGUGGAAGGCGGGUCAAAGGAUGUGGGUGCGGGUGCGGGUAUGAGAGAGGACGCGUGUGAAGGGGAGGGGGGUUGGAUGGAGGAGGAGAGGCAGAAGCUGCAGGCUCUGCUUUGCACUGCCGGCCUCACUCUGCUGGCAGGCGGUGCCAGUCAAGCGAGUCAAAACAGUCAACAUGGUCAACAGCAGGGCCAGUAUCCGCAGUCCAGUGAGCAGCACCAAGACCAGGAGGCCAACCAUCCCACCACCAAUCCCUCAACGCGCCAGUCCAGCAAUCUCCCUCUCCCUGCUCACCCUCCCCGGCCACUUUCGUCAGCGUGGGCGCCCUGCUCUCGCCUGGCGCUGUCAGCCUCGGGAUUUGAGCAGCUGAGAGUGAAGGUGGGUUUGAGAAGCAGGCAGGCACCGCACCACCUCCCAGGUGGUCACCCACCCUGCAUGCUCGUCGUAGCCAUACAUGGGCAUGCAUGGAGACGAGUGAGGAAUGAGCGCACAGGCAUGGAAGAUGGGGAUAUUAGUGAGAGCCAGUUUCGGAAGGCGAAGAGAAUGGGUGGAGAAAAGGGGGUGGUGGAAAGUGGUGUGGAUGUGGUGGGAAGUGGUGUGGACGCGGUGACAGUGGGUUCGUCCUGCACAGCAGCAGAUGGUGGCAGUACCUGGGAGGCAAGGGCGAGUGGUGGAGGAGUGGCGAGCUCACUGAGAGGGAUGCAGAGCGAUGCUGACGAGGCAGAGGAAGCGGCAGAGAGAGAGGCGGGGAGUGAGAGUGGACAUGCAUCAGUGCAGAAGCGGAGGAAAGUUGGUGCCACCGGCGGACAGGAGCCAAGGGCUUUCUCAACGUUGAGGGUCACUGGCGAGGGUGGUGGAGAGAGGGGCCGCGUGCGGGCGGGGAGGGAAGGGAGUGCUGUGAGGGAGGAUGACUUGGAAGCAGAGAGUUUUGAAGAGGAUAUGGCGGACCGGCAUGGUCUUGUUAGACCAGUAUAUCGAGCUUUAGUCGCGGCGACGAAACGGCUCGCAUCGGAAAUAGAACGACACAAGACUACCGACGUCUUCUCUCUGUCUGAGGUUUCAUGGCUGCAGGACAACACGCCAGGUGCUUUACGAGCCAUCAAGCGAGGCAGGGACGCCUCCUUGACGCUGCUAAGGCAGGAAUUUCGAAUGCCGCUUACAGGAGAGCCAGGCUCCGUGCAAGCCCAGGAGGACUGGGGUCAACGUCUGGAUCAAGCCCUUUCGCUGCUUGCUGUGUUGAAUCGACGGCUGGCAGUGCUGCAGACACACUCUGCCACCGAUCACAGUGACAAUUUGAGCCAUGGUGUCCGAGUGGAGGUGCAGAGCAAGUUUCAAGUCAUGGACCAGAUACAUUUCGGCGCUCUGUACCACUACCGAGUCCGCAUUCGCAAUGAGGGAGUGAAUGAGCCAGUGCAGCUCGUCAGCAGGCAGUGGGUUAUUAAGGACUUCGACGGGAACAUACAGGAGGUUAUUGGUCCUGGCGUUAUUGGCAAGCAACCCAUUUUGGAUCUUGGUUCGGAAUUUGAGUACAUCAGCUACACCCCCUUGCCAUCAAAGCGAGGCACUAUGCAUGGAAGUUUUCUUAUGCUUGCAUGCAACUCCAACCGGCUAUUUGAUGUGCAAGUAGGACCAUUUGGGCUCAUUCCCCCUCCACGUCCCCACGACGCCUUGGGAGUUGUGCAAGGCCAAUCUCCGUUCUCCGAAACCAUGUCUCAAGUUCGCGCUUCUCACAUUCUUAUCAAGCACCAAGGCUCUCGCCGUCCGGCAUCUUGGAAGGAUCCCAAUGGAGAGACAAUAGGGCGAACGACGAAGGAGGCGGCUAUUCAGCAGCUGCUGGCGAUUAGAGAACGCAUCGCCAGUGGCGAGCUGGACUUCGGCCAGGUCGCCAAGACUGAAUCGCACUGCAGCUCCGCCAGAAACAAUGGAGAUCUGGGCUGGUUCAGCGGAGGCCAGAUGCAGAGACCGUUUGAGGAAGCGACGUUCGGGAUCAAUGUGGGGGAGAUGAGCGGCAUUGUGGACACGGACAGCGGAGUGCACAUCAUUCUGCGCACUGGAUAA